AUGGAACUCACAGAACAGUUGGCUAGACUUCUGGGACUUGGACCCACUGCUGAAUGGCCUCAUUCUGAAAAGUCCCUUAUUGAAUUGAUUGAACUCCAGAAACAGAAAGAAGUCACAAAACAAGAAUAUUACAAAUUAGAAAAUAAAACCAAAUCCAUAGAACUCAUGAAUUAUUCCCUACAGGCUGGCAUUCCAAGUUAUCUCAUACCCAUGAUAUUCUCUGGUGAUACAAUUGGUGAUGAUGUUGUUCAAAAGUUAAUCGCGUCUCAACAACAACAAUUACAACAAGUAUCAAUCCAUUCCAAACCCAUCACACGCCAAACAUCUCCUUCAAGACCACUAUACACAGCUUACCAAGAUCAACAUCAACAGCAACAACAGCAACAGCAUCAACAACAACAUCAUUCUCAUCAAAAUCCUAUACAGAGACCUACACAAAACUUAGGACCUCCAGUAUCACUUCAUACAAGACCAUUAUCUCCAGCAAAGAUAGGAGCUGCUGCUGUUGCUCAACUAGACAGAGGUCGUUAUCCAUCUUCACCAGUACAUAAAAGAUACCAAUCGAUGCCUAACAACUCACCUUCAUUGAAUAAUUCACCAAAUCCUGUUGUUGUUGUAAAUUCUCCUUCCAUACAGGGAAUUCCGAGACAUCAACAAUCAAUGAUGGGUGUCUUAAACACUGACUUACAACCAGUGUCUCAUAACAAAACGGAUUCAACAAGUGAUUCUGGUGGAGGAUUACAAUUUAUAAAUGAAAAUCCUGCUAGUGGUGGUAGGAAAAGAAGUAGAAAUAGUGAAGAAUUGAAAAAUAUUAAUGAAUUUACUAAUAUAGAUGAAGAACCAAUUGAACAUGAAAAUAAAGAAAAUAUGAAAAAAAUCUUUAGAAGAAAAGGUCAUCAAAGAACAAGAUCUGAAAAUUAUUUAUUAGAUAAACAAAUAAGUCAAACUACAACUCCAAUACGUCAAAUUGGUAAUGAAAAUUUAAAUGAAAUUGAAAUUAAUGAUAAAUCCAAAACAAAAAAUCAAAAUAAUAAUGAAAUGAAAGUUGAUGAUAAUGAUCAUGAUUCUAAAGAUCAAAAGGGAUCUGAAACUCCAAAAGCUGGUCCAAAAUUUGCAAAUAAUAUCCUAAGUUCUGCUUAA